CAGUUAUAUAAACCGUUAAAAUUCAAGUACCAACGACACCAAAAAGCAAAAUGUCUGACGAACUGCCUUUCCAUAUCCAAGAGGCAAUCCUGAAAAGGCUUCCUAUCAAAUCAUUGAUUCAGUUUAGAUCCGUCUCAAGAACAUGGAAGUCUUUGAUCGACAGCUCAGAGUUUAUUGCUGCUCACAGCAUCAGCCACACUCAGCCACAACAUCUGUUUGUAUCGUACACAGACACACAAGUGCAUAAAUAUGUUUCUUUUGUGGAUGAUGAUUCUUUCCCCCAACAGAGGUGAUUCAGCUUCCAUCUAUAGAAAGAGGAUAGCUGUUCUUUUGAAUCCUUCCAUUAGAAAAUCAAUAGCUAUUGCACUGCCUGAUAUGCUAUAUACGAAUCAUAAAAACGUUCUUGGAUUUGGAGGUUGUCCUGUCACUAUUGAUACCAAGAUCAUCCAGAUAACUCAAAUGCGUUGGGGUUGGGGGAAUGAACUAAAAAGCGAAAUUGGCAACUUUUGGGAAGUUAAGGUUUAUAAGCAAAGUUCGGGGAAAUUUACAAGUCUAUCUGGCAAUCUCCCCAGCAUAUCAAUACAUAUUAUAGGGCCCCAGGUAGUUAUUGGUAAGUGUAUCUACUGGUGUGCUGUAGAUUGUGCAACUGUGGAUAGUAUGUUAAAAGCUCGUAAUCUGAUUAUGUCAUUUGAUCUAACUAAUGAGAAGUUUGAAGUAGUAGACCUCCCAGAUAGGGUAGCUAUCCUCCGUCUCUCACAAUUUUCUGUUUCUAAGUUAAGGGAGUCUCUUGUAAUGCUUGAAUACAAUAGACGGGGAUACGAUGCAUCCAAUGUGGAGCAAGUUUGUUGUACUGUAUGGUUGGUGGAGCGUGGUGUAGAAACAUCGUUUACAAAGCUUUUCAGUAUCAAGGCACCAGGUGACUUGCUGACGAUAGUGGGUUUCACAAGGAAGGGAGGACCUAUUACGGAACUCCAAGAGUAUGUCUUUGACUCAACUGAAGAGCUUGUUGUUUAUGAGCCUAACUCAGAACAAAGCAAUCAUCUGAUUAGUGGAUCUUUAUUCAUCGUGAAUUCCUACACUGAAACACUAGUUUUACUCGAUAGCUCUGAUUGUAGUAGCUAUUGACAUACAAAUAUCAAGGAAAAUAUGGGCAAAUUAGUUGAAGUUUUUUAAAAGUUCGAUGCAGCAUUACAUAUAA